AGUAUUAGAAGCAAAUGGCCAUGACUGAGAUUAAAGUUUAACCUAAAAUACUGCCUUAACUGCAUACAGCUGUUGUCUCGGGUGAGUCUGCAGCGCAACCAAAGCAAAAGGUUGUCGUCAACAGCCGGAUUGGAUCGAGUGAAAAGAAGGAGCCGUGAGCGCCGUGCCAGCACAAGGGAGGCUGUGACUGCGACUUGGGGCUGGAUGUUCUCGGCCUUGCUCUCCCCAGCGGCCCGCCAUGGGGGAGACCAAAAUUAUUUAUCAUCUCGACGACCAAGAGACUCCAUAUCUGGUCAAACUACCCAUUCCGGCGGACCGCGUCACUCUUGCUGAUUUCAAAAAUGUCCUGAAUAAGCCAAACUACAAAUUUUUCUUCAAAUCUAUGGACGAUGACUUCGGUGUUGUGAAGGAAGAGAUUUCUGAUGACAACGCCAAGCUCCCGUGUUUUAACGGUCGUGUCGUCUCAUGGCUGGUGUCUGCAGAUGGCUCUCAUGGUUCUGAUGGGGGCUCUGUGUGUGUGGAGAGUCAGGCAGAGCUGCCCCCCCCUCUGGAGAGGACAGGCGGCAUUGGCGACUCCAGACCCCCCUCAUUCCACGCCAACGCUCCAGGCAGUCAGGACAACCUCGACAAUGACACCGAGCCGGAGACAGGCCCCUCCCACCGCAGAGACAGGCCACGGGAGAGAGACAGGGAGAGAGAGAGACCACGCAGGAAAGACACCCAUGACCAUGGCGGCAGGCUGAACGGACACUCCCGACCUGACAGGAGGCCUGAGUUGGCUGGUUAUGAGAGCUCCUCUACGCUGAUGAGCAGUGAACUUGACACCACCAGCUUCUUUGACUCAGAGGAGGAUGACUCGGCCAGCCGGUUCAGCAGCUCCACAGAACAGAGCACGUCAUCAAGGUUGAUGAGGCGACAUCGCCGUCGCCGACGGAAACCCAAAGCCCCGCGCAUGGAAAGGUCGUCCUCGUUCAGCAGUAUCACAGACUCCACCAUGUCUCUGAACAUCAUCACUGUGACUUUAAACAUGGAAAAAUAUAAUUUCCUGGGGAUUAGUAUAGUAGGCCAGAGUAAUGAGAGAGGAGAUGGAGGAAUCUACAUCGGCUCCAUCAUGAAGGGUGGAGCUGUGGCUGCAGACGGACGCAUUGAGCCGGGAGACAUGCUCUUGCAGGUGAAUGACAUUAACUUUGAGAACAUGAGUAAUGAUGAUGCAGUGAGGGUUCUGAGGGAGAUUGUGCACAAACCAGGCCCCAUCACACUAACUGUGGCUAAGUGCUGGGAUCCAAACCCUCGGAGCUGCUUCACCCUGCCUAGGAGUGAGCCGAUCCGUCCCAUUGACCCGGCUGCCUGGGUGUCCCACACCGCGGCCAUGACGGGGGCCUACCCAGUCUACGGUAUGAGUCCCUCCAUGAGCACCAUCACCUCCACCAGCUCCUCCAUCACCAGCUCCAUUCCAGAGACCGAACGGUUCGAUGAUUUUCACCUGUCCAUCCACAGCGACAUGGCGACAGUUGCGAAGGCGAUGGCAUCUCCGGAGUCAGGGCUGGAGGUUCGAGACAGGAUGUGGCUGAAGAUCACCAUCCCCAACGCUUUCAUAGGCUCAGAUGUGGUGGACUGGCUCUAUCAGCAUGUGGAGGGUUUCACUGACCGACGGGAAGCACGCAAGUACGCCAGCAACCUGCUGAAAGCCGGCUACAUCCGUCACACCGUCAACAAAAUCACCUUCUCUGAGCAGUGCUACUAUAUCUUUGGAGACCUCUGUGGCAAUAUGGCUAAUCUGACCCUGCACGACCAUGAUGGUUCUAGUGGGGCGUCGGACCAGGACACCCUCGCCCCCUUGCCCCUCCCUGGGGCUGCACCUUGGCCCCUAGCAUUCCCUUACCAGUACCCCAUCCCACACCCCUAUAACCCCCACCCAGUGCACGAGCCCACGUACAGCUACGCCCCAGGAGGAGGGGGCAGUGCAGGCAGUCAGCACAGCGAAGGGAGUCGCAGCAGUGGCUCAAACCGUAGUGGGAGUAAGAAGGAGGCUGGGGCAGUAGGAGCUGCUGGGGCCGGGGUGGUGGGAGAGUCCAAAUCAGGUGGGAGCGGCAGCGAGUCGGAGUUACGGAAAGAGAAGACCCCCAGCGAACACUCUGUGGCGCCCCCUAGUGAACACAGCGUACGCAGCACACAUAGCACUCAGUCCCAUGCGCACAGCCUGGUUUACGGCCCACCAGGACUGCCUCCUCAGCCCCAGGCCCCCGUUGCCACGGCACCUCCCGGCUCGCCUCCAAGCCGAGACUUGGGCUCGGUGCCGCCCGAGCUGACAGCCUCACGCCAGUCCUUCCGCAUGGCCAUGGGAAACCCCAGUGAGUUUUUUGUGGAUGUCAUGUGACAUAAACCAGACUUGUGACUGUGUGUGGACAUCCUACUUUGGAGAGAUGGAAAAAUGGA